AUGGUGAAGGAAUACGAACCAGGUGCCACCAUUGUGGGCGUCGUGCAGUGGAAGCCACGAGCACCACAACAUGGUUUGGGAUUGGAAGUGAGGCACGGCAGAAUUUAUGUGUCAAGAUUAGGUGGAGCCUUUGCCGCCAAUCCCAUCAAUCCAGUACGGGUCGGAGAUCAGCUCAUGGAGGUCGAAGGAACUUCGGUGACUCAAUUUCGUGGUGUCAAGGCCAUUCGAAGGAGUAUUGAAUCUACCUUUAAAGAGAACAAGCGCUUGUCUAUCACUGUAUAUCGACCAGAUCCUGAGGAUACAUCCGACAGUACCGAUUCGAGUUAUGUGCCCGAGUCGAGUGACGACGAAGACGGACCCAAAGUAAUCGAUGGGAUUGUCGUGGGUGAAACCUAUCAAGUUCGCAAGCUGCCCGCAAUGAAAGAGUUGAAUGGAUCCUUGGUCAGGGUUAUGGGACGCGACGAUGUCCUGGAUCAUCAAUUGCUGGUGGAGAUUUUAGAGGUCCGCAACAUUGCCGAUUCCCCCAAGAUUGGUACCUUCAUCACGGCCGCACCCGGCAAGCUGUUCAAGAUUACCAAGCCAGGAAUCCGGAUGCGCCUCCGCAAUCUAAAGGGUGAAGAGGCCAUGUACAAUGGAUGUAGCGUAAUGGUUGUGGAAAACACCAACAAGCAAAAGGCCCGAUGGCUAGUAAAGAACCCAGUGGAAUUCAAAGAAGAUGGUUCUCGUGGCAAGAAGCACAAGGUGGAGCUAGAAGUGUUUGGCAAGAAUCUCGAGCACGAAGAUGGACAGUAG